AUGAUCCGAACCAACAGAAGUGAAGGACGAUUAUGGCUGGGCAUUAGGAACACUGUUCUUUCACUUGUUUCUUCCGAUGAUGUAAUCAUGGCUUCAUCUUUCUCAAUGGCACAGACAGACACAGGUUCAUCUGAAAGGCCAACGAUAGAAAUGGAAUCAGAAAAAGACCCUGAUGUUGAAAACGCCGGACAGAUCCCUGAUGGAGGUUGGGGUUGGGUCGUUUGCUUUGCCGGAUUUAUGAUCAAUUUUACUACCGUGGGAAUGAUUUCCUCAAAUGGAAUUCUUCUACUUGCAAUGGUUGAUAUUUAUGAAGACACUAUAUCGAGAACAGUCAUCGUCUGUUCUGUAUUCAUCGGAAUAGUGAAUGGCUCAGGUCCGUUUGUGCUGCUUCUUAUGAUGUUUCAUGCAAGCCAUCGUCAAGUUAUUAUUUGUGGGGGAAUUUUUUCUACCCUGUCAACCAUUGCAAGCUUUUUUGUCAAUAAAGUUGAAAUACUUUAUGUUACGUAUGGCAUUCUCGCAGGCGCCUUCGUUGGUAUGUCCUGUUUUUCCGGCUUCGCUAUCGUUGGAUCUUAUUUUAAAAAGAAACGCACAAUUGCCAUGGGAAUCGCCAACAGUGGAGCAGGAUUUGGUGCAUUUGCCCUUAAUUACUUACUAGAACGAAGCAUUUCCUUUUAUGGUAUAAGAGGAACAUUUUUAUUAAUAAGUGGAUUGUUUCUGAAUUUUGUUGUAUAUGGCGCCUUAUGUCGUCCCCUCAAGAACUUCAACGUCAGUUUGAAAAAUAAGAAGGUAAAUGAAGUUGUAUUGAAAUCUGUGAAAAUGCUCCAAACAGAAACGAACUUAGGAUUCGAGCCAGACGAAGAGACACGUGAAAAUCAAAUAAAAACCAACACAAACAAUUCUGACGGAUCUGUGCAUCUUGAAGAGUCGGAAAACAGCCCCCCAACAAAAAUGACAACCACAUUAGCAAGAAAAUGCAGUUAUCUACGAUUAGCAAUUUUUAAUCCAGAUGUUAUGAAAAAUCAAUGUAUGCAAUUGCUAUUAAUUAUUUACGUAUUUUGGGCAGCCGCCGAAACUGUUUUGUUGUAUCUUCCUGCAAAAGCUGUAAACGUUGGUCUCUCAAUCGAGCAAGGAGCCUUAAUCAUGUCCAUCUAUGGCGCCAUGUUUGCGUUUAGCCAAUUUAUUGUUGGAAUUCUUGCUGACUUUAUUCAUGUCCCAACAAGCUACAUUCUGACGUUUUCAAUGCUCGUCAUGUCAGCCACAACUGUCGCUUUUACAUUCGUCCAUUCAUUCGCUUUUUUCGUCCUGUUCAUAUCCCUGUUUGCUAUGUGCAAGGGAUUUUCUUCUGUCCUUCGUGUUGUACUUGUGGCAUCCAUCUUGGGAGUGAAAAAGUUGGAAAAAGGUUUUUCUCCCUUGAGUCUUUUGAUUGGUGUGGCUUACAUUAUCUUUCCGAAUGUCGCAGGUGCUUUAUUCGACGCAACACAGUCUUUUGACGUUAUCUUUUACUUUGCUUCCGGUUGUUUAUGCGUUCAUUUUAUUUUCUCUUUCAUUAUUCUUAUCUAUCUAUCUAUCUAUCUAUCUAUCUAUCUAUCUAUCUAUCUAUCAAAGAAUUAA